AUGAAGACUUUCGCUGUACUCCUCCUGUUCGCUGUGGCUAACGCCAAGCACGAACAAUAUCAAGGAUGGAAAUCGUAUUUUGUCAAACCUGCCAACAAAGUACAGCUGCAGGUAUUAUCUUCUGUCGUUCAGAAAUAUGGCAUCGACUUUUUAAGUGAUCCAGCUGUAGAGCGAAACGGACUUGCGCUAGUAAAACCUGAACUACAUGAAUAUUUCAUUAAGUCUCUGGAAGAUCACGGCAUCGCUUACAAGAUUCACGCUGAAGAUGUAAAAGCGCAACUGGACAUCGACGAUAAGUUGAUUGAGACGAGACGUCGCGAAAGCAGCCAAAAGCAAAACGGAACAAUUUCUUUUGAUAACUAUUUGGAACUUGAGGAGAUCUAUGACUAUAUUGAUUACGUUGCUGAACAAUACCCUAACCUGGUAACUAUUGUAUCCCCUGGAAACACAUUCGAAGGUCGCCCAUUAAAAUAUUUAAAAAUUUCAACGACAAACUUUGAAGAUGAACAUAAGCCAAUCAUUCUCAUUGAUGCUGGUUUCUUCGGUCGGGAUUGGAUCACUCCUUCUACAGCAUUAUAUGCACUUCGUAACCUUACUCAGUCUGAUAUGCUACAUGAUUACGACUGGAUUAUAGUACCCGUAGCCAACCCCGAUGGAUAUAAAUAUUCCUUUACAAAUGAUCGUUUUUGGAUUAAAACUCGCUCUACUGAUCAACAUUUAUUAAGUAAUUAUUGCCCUGGCGUAAAUGUCAACAGAAACUUUGACUUCUUCUGGAAUACCAUAGAUUCUAGUGAUACACCCUGUGCUAAUAACUACGCCGGUAGCAAACCCUUCUCCGAGAAAGAGACGUUUCUUCUGAAAGAAAGUCUCGGCGAUUUUAUUCCUCGUGUAGUACUUGAUAUCAGUUUGAACAGUUAUGGAAGCUUAAUUCUUUAUCCUUGGGGACAUGAUGGCUCUCUCUCCAACCACGCUUUUGCUCUACAAAGUGUAGGGGUUUCCAUCGCGGAUACCAUCUAUGUAAAUUCCUUACCCGAUUUUCCUAGAUACACUGUUGGGAAUUCUGUCUUAGUCACCAAAAUCGAAUCAUCAGGUACUGGGAUCGACUAUGCUCACAAGUUAGGAAUACCAUUGACUUUCAACAUAAGACUGCCAGGUAUUGGAGAAGGUACAGAAGGAUUCCAUUUGGAUCCUAAGUAUAUAGAACAGGUAGCAAAAGAAACAUGGGAUGGAAUCGUAGUCGGCGCUAGAAGAGCUGCAGAGUUAUUUGGAAGGACAAGAAAGUAA